AUGUCUGAAGUUGCCGCUGUCACGACGACCGACGCAAUCGCAUCCAACGUUGCUUCACCACGCGCUGGUACGAAGAAAAAGUCGGGAGAAGCUAAACCGAAGCCGAAACUACCACGGACCCAUCCACCGAUGUCGGAAAUGGUGACCACUGCCAUCGAAACGUUGAAAGGUGGACGCCACGGAUCGUCCCUGCAGGCCAUCAAGAAGUAUAUCGGGGCCAACUACAAGUGCGAUGUCGUCAAGUUGGCUCCAUUCCUCCGGAAGGCUCUCCGGGGCGGUGUCGAGAAGGGCACCUUUGUCCAAAUCAAGGGAACGGGUGCUUCCGGAUCGUUCAAGCUGGUGAAGGCAACGGCGGCUGCGGACGCUGCUAGUCACACCAGCCGGAAAGCAAAAGUCCAAGAUGACACCACCAUGAAGACGGCAGCGAAACAGAGGAAGAAGAAGAAGGUGGCAGUGCCCAAGAAAAGCGCCACCGCCGCGAGUGGACGCGUGGGAAAGGCUGCUACCGUCAAGCAGAAGGCCACCAAACACGCGAAAACCAGAUCGCCGCCACCAAAGAAAGCUGCUUCCGCCGCCAAGAAAGCUUCUUCUCCCGCUGCUGUACCGAAAAAGGCUGCCGCUGGUGGUGGUAAGAAGAAGUAA